UCCAUCAUCUCCCUCAAGCUUUACACAUUUCACGUACGAGGACAUGUUCACGUCCGCCAUGAAAGCUGCUGAAGUUUCUUUGUUCGUCCGCCACCACGCCACUACCCAGCCACCGGAGACCACUUUCAGAUCGACGUCUCCAUCAUCCACUAGAGAAGCCGGUUGGACGUCAAAUUCGCGCCGGAGAGAUGAGCUGCCGGAAGCUGCUGCUACACCUUCAUCCACGCGGGUGGCCGGAGUUGCCGAAUCACUACCGGAACUGCCAU